AUGGAUCUUACGGAUGACAUUGAGAAGACUCAAAUACACUCUGCUUCGGCCACUGAGCUCGCGUCUGGUGAAAAGAGCUCGGUCAGGAGCCCUUUUUGGCUGAAAGUCAAACAUGACUUAUUCGAAGUCCGUGGGAUCCAGCCAGUUCCUGAGGACGAGCGCAACGAUACACGUUAUAUAAAUGUCUUUACCUUAUGGCUGAGCAUGUCGCUAAGUGUGCUUCCACUUCCAUUUGGAAUCCUCGGCACAGCGACAUAUGGCUUGAGUCUCCGGGACGCGUCGCUGGUUAUCAUCUUCUUCAGUCUGUUGACUGCUAUUCCCGUCUCGUACUUCUCAACCUUGGGUCCGAAGCUGGGUCUUCGCCAGAUGAUUAUAUCGAGAUACUCAUGGGGACGAUAUCUUGUCUCGGUACCUGUUGUGCUUAAUCUUGCCACUUUGAUUGGUUUCUGUAUCAUCACCGACGUCCUUGGGGGUGGCAUCUUGUCCGCAGCUUCCGAUGACAGCUCUAUGAGCUGGAACGUAGGAAUCGUCAUUGUCGGCUUAUUGUCCCUUGUCAUCUCCGUCUUUGGCUACAGAGUCCUACACUACUACGAGCGUUUUGCGUGGAUUGCUGCUUUGAUCUGUCUCAUCAUUACUGCUGGUAUUGGAGGGAAACACAUGAGCAUACAGACUGAUGUCCCUCCUGCAUCGGCGCAGGCCGUGCUGUCAUUUGGAGGACUAAUUGCUGGGUAUUUCGUCCCCUGGGCUGCCUUGGGAUCAGACUUCACCGUAUACAUGAGGCCGAAUGCGCCGCCGGUUCGCAUUUUCAUGUACACGUACGCAGGUCUGUUACUGCCGAGCAUACCCAUCUUCAUCCUCGGAGCCGCAAUUGGCGGCGCCGCGCCUAACAAUAGCACUUGGGCUGCAGCACAAGAAACCGGAUCUAUUGGACUCAUACUAGCUGCAAUACUCGACCCCGUGGGACGGUUUGGAAAGUUCCUAUUAGUAGUCCUGGCUUUCAGUAUCAUCGCAAAUCUCGCUGGGACCAUGUACGCGAUCGCACUAAACUUCCAGGCUUCCGUGCCGUGGCUCGCUCGGAUUCCUCGAUUCUAUUUCAAUAUUGUGACCACGAUAUUGAUGAUCCCACUAUCGGUAGAGGCUGCAAAGAAGUUCUUCGUUAAUGUUGAAAACUUUGUUGGCGUCAUUGGAUUUUGGUCGUCGUCGUGGACUGCGACUGUGCUAUGCGAGCACCUGUUGUUUCGCCAAUCGAGACCAGAGAACUAUCCACAAGCAAGUUGGAAUGUUGCGAGUAAGCUACCGUUGGGUCUUGCUGCUUUGCUCUCAAGCGCAUUGUCCUUCGCUUUGAUCAUACCAGGCAUGUCACAAGUAUGGUUCGAAGGUCCCAUCGGUAAAAAGACUGGUGACAUCGGCUUCGAACUCGCUUUCGUCGUAAGCUUUGUACUCUAUGCCCCUUUCAGAUAUAUGGAGCGGCGUUUCGGGCGAUGA